CAAACUUUUCAUCAAUAUCAAAACAACACAAGAAAGAAAAACUAACAACCCCCUCCCCACAAAAAAUAAAUAAAUAAAAAUGGAGAACUACGUGAACACAUUCUUUAUGGUCUUCUUGGUCACAAUUCUAAUCUCAAAUCCGCCACAACCCACCAGAGCAGCCGGCGAGAGCCUUAUCCCGACGGCGUGCCAGAAUGUAGAGAAAAAAGGUUUCUGCAAUGCAAUGCUUGAAUCCGAUCCCAACUCCAACAACGCCGACUUACCCGGCUUAGGGCUUAUAGCUCUCAAGCAAGCCGCGUCAAACGCCUCUGAUAUCGCCGAGUACGCUAAGACAUUAUCAAACGAUCCCAAUCUCAAGGAAGGCGCCGCCAAAUGCCUCCAGUUGUACCUCGAAACCGCCGAUAAGAUUAAUGAUUCCGUGGCCUCGGCUAAGUCCAAAGCUCAUACUGACGUUAAUGCUGGGCUCAAUGCUGCCAUCACAAACUCAAAAUCAUGUGAUGCUGCACUUUCUGGACAUGAGUGUGAGUUGAGUGGGAAGAAUGAAGUGUUUCGUUGGCUUUGUGAGAAUGCUUUGGGUGUAAAUAAGGCAGUUAUGGAUGGGAAAAAUUAAACUGAUGAAAUUUUAGUACAAUAUAAUAUUUAGAAAGAAUUAAGCUUAAAUAAUUUUAGUAUUUUUUUUAAAAAAAAAUUCUUCUUAUAUUAUUUUGAGUUAAUUUUAAUAUUUAUUUGUAUAAUUUUUGUUUUUUUUUUUUUCUAAUAAAAUUUAACAUAAUUUUUUUGUUAUAAUGUUUAAAA